CAUUUACUCGUUGCAAUCUCUUAAGCAAACUAUUAACGGCAGCCUCCCAAGGCAGUCAAAAAAUGGUUUGAGACCCCCCUGAAAAUGACCCCCCCCCCCUUCACUUACCUUAUAGCCUACAUCCUGAAUAACUACUUUUUCCUUCAAAAUGCUUAUCAAAAUUCAAAACUUAUGUAACCUUGUUAAAACUUGUUUUACCACUGGAAGUAGCUGUCGGCGAUCAAUCGUACCGAUCCCUUCUCUUUAUUUGAGCGUUUCUGCUGAUCAGGUCACUUCCCAAGUGCUGGCCAGCAAUGCUUUUUUGCCUGUGAGUCGGAGAGAGUGAAAGCCUGACGUCAAUCCCAGGCAGCUGCUCCAAGUGCAGACUGCUGGACGCGGCAGAGCACACCUCGAGUAGUCUGCAAGCGGUGUUCCACAGGUGGAGGCGCAGAGAGGAUCCGGAAGAACUUGUAGAUCGAGUCGCCCUUUGCGAGGUGUAGCAACGUGGGGCUCACAUUCACCCGCUGCUUCCAACACGCAGCAAGACGAGGUGGUCGAGCAUGAUGGAGUUAAAGAAGAAAAAGAUUUUUAUCCUUGUGGACGUUGUCUGUGUGUGUGUCGCCGCAAUGCCAUAUGUCAUCUUGACACUCAUGUUCCAGCCGUACCAGCGUGGAGUCUACUGCGAUGACGAGAGCAUCCGCUACCCGUACAAGUCUGACACCAUCUCUCACGGCAUGAUGGCCGCCGUCACCAUCUCCUGCUCCAUCGUCAUUAUUACAUCAGGAGAAGCAUACCUGGUCUACACCAAGCGUCUCUACUCAAACUCUGGGUUUAACCAUUACGCCGCCGCACUGUACAAAGUGGUUGGGACGUUUCUGUUUGGGGGCUGUGUAAGCCAGUCUCUAACAGACAUGGCCAAGUUCACUAUUGGACGCCCACGGCCCAACUUCAUGGAGGUGUGCGCCCCGACCGUGUGCAAAGGCUACAUGCUACAUAUCAACUGUACAGGGCACCCACGGAAUGUUACUGAAUCCAGGUUGUCUUUCUACUCGGGACACUCUUCCUUCGGGAUGUACUGCAUGCUCUUCCUGGCGUUAUAUGUGCAGGCACGCAUGGUAUUCAAGUGGGCACGCCUCCUCCGUCCAACAAUUCAGUUCUUCUUGGUUGCGUUUGCAAUUUAUGUGGGCUACACACGCGUGUCCGACUACAAACACCACUGGAGUGAUGUAGUUGUGGGUCUCCUCCAGGGGGCGCUCAUUGCCAUCCUUAACGUUCUUUAUGUCUCGGACUUCUUCAAGGAGCGUCCCCCGCUCUGCCAGGAUGGGGGUACUGCAGAGAGCGAGGAUGGGGACCAUAAACCCAGGCUGCAAGUGUCCGAGGCGCAGAGGAGUAACCAUUACAACUUCACCGGGACCGUAUGAGUGACCUUUAACCCUUGACUUUUUAAGCUGGUGCAUCUGCCAGUUGCACCAAUCCCACCCCACCCCCCAACUCUAACCACUGAGCAGGCUGCCAUCCCCACCACAACCAUCCCGGACCCCAGAGGCGGGAACUCAGCUGCCGUAGCCAACCAACAGCAAAGGGCUCUCGCAACGUACUCGUCUCUAUAGGUGGAUAUGAUCCUCACGUCCUUCCUGUGUAUGGCUGUGUGUGUGUGUGUGUGUGUGUGUGUGGGCUUACAUGCAAUAUUCCCAUAUUUUGUCCUUACUGUAGUGGAUUGGACAUAUUUAUGUUUUAUUUUUAAUGUAUCGUAUUGAAUGUUCAGUUCUUGUACAGUAGACAGUCAGGGCAAACGGUAACAAAUUGUGCCUUAAAACCCUGUGUAAACGCCACCUGGGUGUAACAGUGAAAGGAAACAAGCUCUGAAGUCGCUCGGAAGUGUGGAGUUGAUGGCGAGGCUCUCUAUUGAAAUUCCUGUAAAGUCCUGAAGUGAUUCUCCUUUUUUAAACGUGUGUGAGUGAGCUGGACACCCCGCCCCUGGCCCACUACACUGCACAGUCCGCAAUAAGGAGUUUGUCAUUUUGUAUUGUUUAACAGAUCAUUGCAAGUUAUUUGAGAGAAUAUAUCCUGUGACUUCAUCUUUUUUUAUUUGGAAAUGGUCUUGGUGAAAUUAUAUGGCAAUAAUGUUUUAUUUCUUUGUAUUUCUAUUUCCCGAACGCAUCCUUUGAAGGAUUUCAUAGCUGAACUGCAUAAUCUUUUUUUUACAUUUUUUUUUUUUAUUUCAUGUUCUAUGUAAGUUUUUUCUCCUCCGUGAAUACCACUAGCUGACUACUGCAUAUUUGUUGGCCUAUUACAUUUUCCUUCUGUGUUUGUUUUUUAAAAUGUGAUUUUAAGGCCAGUCCGAGUUCUUUCCCACAAACUCUCAAGUGAAAAGCUGAAUGAUGGACUAAUAUUGCCUUCCCCUCCCUGCCGAUGAACCACUCCUGAGUAAAGGAUGCAUUAGCCACUAAGGAGGAAUCCAAUUAUCCAAACACAAUUAGCAACAUGCGAACCUGGAUUAGAGGGGCUGUGGGACUGUGUUCAUAGAUCAGUGGUGCGGAGGUUUUGCUAAUAGUGGUAGCUAGAUGUCUUGACAGUAUCAUUGAUUCCUGCUCGUGCCUUGCUAAGAAUUAAACCUCAGAACAGAUCAAUUUGUUCACAAAUCCACUUAUAGUAAAUAUGUAUUUCAGUAUCACUGUAAUAUGGAUACUGUCAGUAUUUUUCCUAUACCGUUCUCUGUGUGUGGUUGAACGUUUCCUCACCUCGGUGGACAUAACGACUGAUGCAGGCUGCAUCCAUCCAACCGGACUUCCCCUACAUAACUCAUGCUUGUCUCCUUUUGGGAAUACAAAACUGUGGCUCUUAAGAGAAAAAAAGACGUUCCCUGCUCCAGCGCAUUAACCUUACGAGUGCUGCUACCAGCUGCACAUUUCACCGAUGAUGCUCAAUUUUUAAUAUUUGUAAUGGAAUAUAUUUAUUCAGCGUUUUUUUUUUUUUUUUCUCUCUCUCUUUCCUCUCUCUGCUGAACAGACACACUCUGUUUCUCUGGUGAGGCUGCUUCAUCCGUAAGGCCUUAAAAUAGCGCAGGCCCCGGCACGAGGUGGAGAGUUUGUAUUCUGCAUAAAAUGUUUAGCAUCGCCUGUAUCCUAAAGUGAAUGGGAAGAAUAUGCGCAAUUCACAACACAUUAAUGUAGUUAUGCUUGUUUGAGUAUCCUAUGUUCUUAAAAUGAUGCUAUUCGUGGUAAUGCUGAUUGAUAAACAUUGGGUGAUUCAAAUAACAGUCAAGAAUUCCUAUUAAUCUCUUCAAGUUCACUUAGUAGGUAAAAUCAACCCAAAGAUUAAUAGAUUCAUUUGUAAUCUCUCCUGAGCCAUGAAUAUUUUGGCAAUAAAUAGAACUGACUACAGGUUAUUAUGGGCUAUUACUACAAUCCUGUAUUUCCAUAUAAUACUAGAUUCACAAAUACGUGAAACAAGAAAUUCCAUUUCCUGUUAUAUCCCUGGACCUGUACUGGUCAAACGUGAGCCCCUUAAAAUGGACAACAAAAACCAAAAAGACACACAGCCCAUCACGUUCAGUGUGAGUUUAAGGACUCAAACUAAAAAGGGAUUUGGCCGUGCUGCAAGAUUUCUCUGAAGAGGUAUUUAGGGUCAUUGCAACCACUGAUGUGGGCUACACAACCUCAUUCUGACGGCGGCAGUCUGAAAGGCAGAAUUCGUGCUGGGACAGCACUGCAGCUAGGAAGUGAUUUUAAUUUUUUUUUCCUAAUGUGAGCCAAUGCACAAGUGUUCAGCUAAUAAGACCCCAGUGCUUGUAUGUGUGUGUGCUUGAACCCAAGUGCCUAUAGAUUCCCCCCUCUUAUCGUGGAGCAGGUAAUCUGGAUUAGGUCUACUGUGUUAUUCCAGGACUACCCAUAUUUUGAUAUCGUAUUGCACACAUACACUUUUAUAUGUAUGAUUUUUUUUUAUGUUUUGUCUAAAACUACUGUUGAUUAAUAAAGUCGCUAAACUCUUA